AGUUAGUAUUAUACGUUUGAAAUUUUCCCGCUAUGUACUUAGCUGUCCGUACAAAGCUCCUAUGCGGUUAUGCGCAAUAGAACACUAUCCUUUUCUACACAGAACGUCAACUCCAUGUACAAUGUAUGUAUUACACGUAUAAUAUAUAUAUAUAUUUUACGUAUGUAUAUGUAUUAGUACAUACAUAUAUCAUCGCACGGGGUGUAGUAAUAAAAGUGGUAAGGUAAGACACCCUCGAGGGCUAGCGUCCUCAAGCGUCAAUCACGACGAACAUUGUGCGUUCAAUGGUUAACCAAAUUCCUGUGCCUCAGGCCAAGUACGAAUUGUUAACGGACGUCCGCCAACCUCGUUGGAUGACACAAGUACUGUGCUUGGUACUGGUAUCACUAAUAUUAGGAAUACUUUUUAUUACACGUGCUUGGAUUGGAAUUCUCAUUCUAAGUUCUCAAAAAGUUGAGACACUAGAUACAGAAACACUAUUCGAAAAUGCCAAGAUUGCUACGUGGCUACGUCGGGCUUGGAUGUACGCCGAGUCGACGAAGGAGAACCAGAAUGCGGACAGGAACUACACCAUCAGUACGUCACAGCAGUCCUACACCAACUCCACAAGGCAGAUCAUUGUCUGUUAUUACACCAUAUCGGAGUACCUGAACACGCUCUGGGAGCUCCGUCCGUCGCACAUUGACCCUAAUCUUUGUACGCAUAUUAUCGUGGGUUUUGCGAGCGUGGUAAACUGCAGCCUCGAUUUGGGUAGUAACACAUCAACCUACAAAGACGUUAUUGCCAUCAAAAAGGUGCAUCCAGAAUUAAGGGUCAUGAUAAGUGUUGGCGGUAGUAACGAGCUCCACUUCGGUUUUUCAGAAAUGGUAAAGAAUCAUGCUAAUAGAAAAAGAUUUAUAAGGUCUGUUUUAAAUGUGACAAAGUCAUUUGGUUUUGAUGGCUUAGAUAUAGAUUGGGAAUUUCCAGCGUGGCUUGGAGCUGACGAUCGCGAGAAACUUCAUUUCACACAACUUUUAGAAGAAUUAAGGAGAGAAUUUCAACGAGCCAAAGAAACAUUAAUUCUUUCUGUUGCUGUGGCUGCUCCUCAAGCUAUUGUUGAGCAAAGCUAUGAUGUUGUAGAAAUGGCAAAAUACGUGGACUUUAUAAACCUUAUGUCCUAUGAUUAUCACUUUUAUGUUUGGUAUUAUCCAAUCACUGGACUCAAUGCACCCUUGUUUCCAUGUUCUUCAGAUUCGGGGUACCUUUCUACGUUAAAUGUUAAUUUCUCAGCACACUAUUGGCUCUCGAAAGGCAUGCCAAAAGAAAAAUUAAUUAUCGGUAUUCCUGCUUGUGGCCACACUUAUACAUUGGAUAAUUCUCUAAAUCAUGGAUUACUUGCUCCAACAAACGGCGUUGGAAAAUUAGGUACCCUGGGUUUCAUUGCCUAUUCUGAAGUUUGCCAAUUCCUUCAAAACGGUGCAGAUAGCGUUUUCGAAAAUGAAAGCAAAGUUCCAUAUGCUUAUAAAGAUAAAGAAUGGAUAUCAUAUGACGAUAUUGAAAGUGUCCGUUAUAAGGCUGAAUGGAUUCGUGCAAACAAUUUUGGAGGCGCGAUGAUUUUCUCUUUAAAUGUUGACGACUGGAACUCCACGUGUAAAAUGAACGAAUCUUUUCCUUUAACUCGUAUGAUUACAAAAGUCUUCAGGCAUCAGGACUGAAGUAUCUAUGGUACCAAAUUUUCUUUUAUUGUAAUUUACAUUCCGAAUAGAAACAUUUCAUUCCCGAUGAAAUAACACUAAAUUUACUCUCGCUAUUCUGAGUACUUUUUGUAAAGUUGUACUAACAUUUUGCAGUACAAAAUCAAUAAUUUAAUUUAAUUAAUACAGUAUUUUUAUUCUAUAUAAUUCAUAAUUUUCCAUUACUUGGAAGUAUUCCCAUUGAUUUUAAGAAACUCGACGAUAAAUAUAUAAACGCAAAAAAACUUCGUCCACAUUCAAAAGAAACUUUUUAACUAAACUUUUUUUCAAUUUCCACUAUGCAUCCCUCUUCUGUGAAAAAUUAUAUGUACCAAAAUGUUUAAUAAAGUAUAAUUCAAUUACU